GAUUUACACUGAAAAAUGAUAAAGAACAGAGCAUUGCGAGGCGACGGAAUACUAGUUUCUUUCCUGGAAGCUGCAAGCCAGCCUGCUGUGUUCAAGAUACUACUAUCCUUCUACUCGUCUCUCUGCUGCAUGUAAGGGAGAGUUCGCCACCAACCAUGGCCGGUCGAGCAGCAACAGCAACGUCUCCUCCUGCUUUGCCGCCGCCAGGCGGCGAGCAGUUCGCGGAGGUGGUGGUGGUGCGACACGGCGAGACGUCGUGGAACGCCUCCCGCACCAUCCAGGGGCAGAUGGAUCCGGAGCUGAACGAGACCGGCAGGCGCGAGGCUCUCGUGGUUGCCCGUCGGUUGUCGAGGGAAGCCAGGCCAGCUGCCGUGUACUCCUCCGACCUGAAGCGCGCCGCCGAGACCGCGCAAACCAUAGCCACGGCUUGCGGCGUAUCCUCUCUGGUGCUGGAUCCAGCGCUGAGAGAGAGGCACAUGGGAGAUCUCCACGGCUUGGUGUUUGACGACGCCGUCAGAAGGAGCCCUGAGAUCUUCUCUUCUUACUCGAGGACCCAAGAGAUCCCGGGUGGCGGGGAGAGCCUCGAUCAGCUAUCCGAGAGGUGUGUCUCGUACCUGAACACUGUAGCUGAGAAGCACAAGGGGGACCGGGUGAUCGUGGUCACCCAUGGCGCGAGCACGGAGGAGCUGUGCAUCCACGCCGACCCGACCAGCCCGGUGCGCGGGAAGCUCUACAACACUUCGAUCUGCGUCUUCCGUAUCGGCGGCGGCGAAUGGAUCCUUGACAAGGCCGGCGACGUCGGCCAUCUCGAUCAAGGUGAAUUCCUCGAGGACGCAUUUGGCGGCGAUGGCGCAUCUGCGUGAGGACGGCUACUACUGGUGCUGUUUCCCUUUCGUCGACGCAUUCAUCAGCGAUCUACAGUUCACACAAUGCCAGUUUGACCCGCCAAUGUUAUGGCACUCACGUGUUAUUAAUUCCUCGGUGAAACACUAAAUCAUUGCUACACUAUGGAGGGACGGUGCAUUGGUUUGCAAUUGUUGCUACUACUCUACGGACUACCACUAUCCAGAUUUAUAAGGCGAUAUUGCUUUUGGA